CUCCUCCUCAGUCGAGCCGCUGCGUCGGCAGAGUCAUGUAGUGAGGGGCGACCGCUGCGCAGCCGGCGCCUCUGUAGUGAGUGAGUGAGUGCGUUAGUGAGUGAGUGAGUGGUGAGUGUGAGAGAGAGUGAGUGACUGCCGCGAGUGAAGCUGCUGCCGCUGCCGCCACCGCCGCCCCCGCUUUGCUUUGGAUUACCUUCGUCUUCGUCUUGAAAUGCUGCGCCUCGACGGAAGAAUGUGGUGAAGCUGGUGAUCGUGAUGGUGGCCAUGCUGAUGAUGCUGGUGAUGUGAUAGUGAUAAAGUGAUGAGUGAAUGGUGAUCCUCAAGAUGAACGAGUGCGACGUACAGUGGAUACACUUGGACCCGCUCCACGCCAACAGAUUCGACGACGGAGUGGCGGUGAACGGCUGCUCGGACUACUCCAGCUCCAGCGGCCACAGCGACAUCACCGACCCCGGCUCGCCGUUCAGCGUCUCGAGCGAGGACUCGUCGGCGGCACCCUCUCCCGCCAGGGCGACGCCCGCCGGCCUCGCCGCCGUCUCCGCCGCCCCCGCGACGCCCUCCUGCUCCGCCCCCAAGCAGGACCCGCAGGGCGCUGGGGGCGGCACCUGGGCGUGGGGCGGCGACCAGGAGCUGGUGCAGUCGGUGUCGCCGCCGCCCGAGUCGCAGCCCGCCGCCCCCACCACGGCCACCUGCAACGUGAAGCGGAACCUGGAGGGCGGGGGACACGGACAUGCCGCCAUCAACAAUAACAACUGUAGCAGCAACAACAACAAUAUUAGCAGCAAAAAGCUUAAGGUGGAGCACAAAGUGGAACACAAGGUGGAGCACAAAAUGGAACACUCAAGCUCUACCUCCGCCACCCUGUGUGUUCAAACCGCACUGCCCUGUAUUAGUGCAAAGAAGGAGUGCUGUGUGAAGACAGAGGAUGCAUCAGAAGGCAACACAGUAGUACUGCAGUCAUUUGAACCGGAUCACAGGGGGAAAAUUACCCAUUAUUACAAGCCUAAGAAAAAGGUGGAUGAUAGAAGAAUUCCUUUGAUAAAGGCAGUGACGAUGGGUUUUACACCAUUCCGGUCCACCAUAAUAGCAAAUAAAGGAAGCGUGUCUAAUAUCCCUCCAACACCACCAGAUAAAAUGGGACAACUAAUUAAAAGUGAACCUAUUGGAACUAAAAUGCUGGAUUUGAAAAUGAAUUCUAUCUUCAAGUGUCCGGCAGUUACUGAUUUUAUUUUGAAGAAGGGCUCUCAUGGACUGCUGUUGCCAUCAAAAUUACCUGAUGUUGUGCCAAAUGAAACAAAGCUGGACCCAGAUGACAAGAAAAGUAUUUCAAUACCCUCUAUGUUUAAAAAUGGUACAAUCACAGAAAAGAUAAAAUCAGAGAUAACCAUAGCUUCCUCACCACCACCUGCAGUUGCCCUAUGCAAUAGACUGGAUGAUAAUUGGACUGUUUGCUCAGAGUCCCCUUCCUCACCAAAGUUGAACCAUCAACCUGCUGUUGCCAGCACUCCUCUUGUUACACCUAGUGAAAGCCCUUUGAUUGUCAGCGUAUCCACCCCUACUAAACCAGUGAGCAAUACCACGCCAGUGGACCGGACAGUUUCUUCUCAAAGUUGCUUGGGUAUUAGGGAACAAUGUAUAUUAAUGGAAACCAGAACAGGAGUAAUAACAGACAAUGUAAAAAAUGUGUCUGAAUCAGUUAUGCCUGAGGCUGUGAUAUCUACAAAUGGGCAGGCUGAAUCUGUGUCUGGUCAAUUAACUGUGAAUACUUCCACCACUCCCUCUUUUCUGGCUCCUGCACCAGUGGGACCUAAAUCACCAAUCUUGUCGGUGCCAAAAUCCAUUAGGUUUCCAGCCCGCACCGUCUCAAAGCCUGGCUCACAACCGCAAGGGGAGGAGACAAUUGUCAAUUGCCUAUGGACUGAUUGUUCAUUGAGAUUUGAUAGUGAUUCUUCUCUUUUAGAGCACCUACAGAAUGAUCAUGUCAACACGCAGAAGACUGACUCGUUUGUUUGUCACUGGACGGGCUGUAAAGUUUAUGGGCGCACAUCUUGUUCAAGUUCGUGGCUUGAGAGGCAUAUUCUGAGUCAUGGUGGCAAUAAACCAUUCCGCUGUAUAGUGGAUGGAUGUGGGUUGAGAUUUGGCUCACAGUUGAUGCUCGAGCGACAUGUUAACUCACACUUCAAGCAGUCAGAAACGCUUGGAAGCAAUGGAUCAGCACCACGACGCAGCCUGGACACACCCCCAAACAAGCUUUCGAAGAGAUGCGGAAAGAAGUUGCGCUACAGAAGACAACCUUGGUCCGCACGUCAGUUUGAUUACUUUGAUGCGGGCAUAAUGGAGAGCCUUCAGUACCAACUUGUGGUCCAAGCAGAACAAAUGACUCUAGAUAGAAUGCCUGGCAGCAAUGUCACUCUUUACUCAAAGAUCAUUGCUCAGCGUGUUGAAGCAGAUGGUAAUCUUUCUAUCUUGCUUCGCUGGUUUCCUAGAAAUUUCGUGGAUGAUGAGUGGGUGCCUAAGAAAGACUACAAACCUACCCGCACAAUCCGGUUGACAGAGUACCCAGAAGAUUCUGUGGAGUCUUUAUCCUCGGCAGGUGGAUCCCUAUACUCCACCCCUCCUUCAUCACCAGCCUCUGUGAUUUCAUCGCCCUCUACUUCAUCAAAUGUUGAGUCUGAGGACGAAUUACCAACAAAUAUUGCUCCACACCUAUGGGUGCUGGAAGCUGCAGCAGCCAUUGCAGCUGACGCUGUCAGUUCCCAACCUCGGCAAUCACGCAAAUCAAGGCGGAAACCUUUAAAGAAAGCAGCUGUUACCUGAAGAAAGUUCCUUUUAUUUAGUACAUGAGUGUUGUCUCAGAGUCAUUCCAUUUUAAGUUGUCUGGUGGUUGAAUCAGGCCCUACUUAGUGGGAAUGACACUGUAUUAAAGACUUAGAGUGAUUCUUUACCUCUUUUGUCUAAUGUCUUAAUAUGAUUAUUGGUAGUAUUUCUGUUACUGGCUCACUAUCUUUGUCAAUGGAAGAUGAGUGUUGAUUCUGAAGUGUUAAAACACUCAAAUUUCAUUGUUCUACUGACUGAAAUAUUUCAUGUCACUGCCUACUGCAAAAUGCAGUUUUGCUAAUCAUUAUAAUUUGCUUUGUGAUAUUGUAAUCAUUAUGACAAUCUUUGUCAUUUCCUGAAAUCUGUACUGACAUAAUUCCAAGAGGAUAUUAAUGAAAGUAAAUUGAGUACUUCAAGUUCAACUACUUAAAAGUGUACCAGCUUGGGCUCUUUGUGAUAAUUGUAUACUGGGGUUCUUAAAAUUUGUUGGCUGGUUAUGCUUCUCACCUCAUGAUGUAACAAGUGCUACUGGAAUUUAUCUAUCCAUAACAUUUUUCAGCAAGUCUCAUCCUGAAUGCAACACAUUGCCAGUUUUAACAUAGGAGUGCUAAUGGUUACCAAUAUUUAGAAUAUUGUGAUGAAAUAUUUUAAUUUAAUUCACACUUAGCUUACAGUAUUAUUUGAACUAUGACUAAGAGUCAGUAAAAUGCUGUGCAGCUUUCUGUACAUUUAACUUGAGACAAUGCCAUGAAGAUAUAAGUCAUUGUUUCUAUUUUACCACAUAGAUUUUUUUUAUUAUUUUUGAAAGAAACUUGAUGCCGUGUUAUACUCUUUUGAAUUUUAUGAUAAAUUUCUGUACUGAGGUACCGAGUACAACAUGUUAUUGAUUUUCUUUUAACAAGUCAUGUUUGACAAAAAUGCGUUGUGUUCAUGGUGAAUGAUGACUCAUUAAGGACUUGUCUGAUGAUAAAAAUGGUUUAGAGAAACUGUGUGCCAAACUGAUGAAAAAUAGCUGAAAGUUUUGGAAAUUGAUUGCCAUCUUCAUUGACAAUGUGAUCCUUUAUUGCUUAUAUCUUUUUCGCUCUGAUCAUUUUGAUCUUAAGACUGAUCAGUGAUAUGUAUAUACCCAUAAAAGAUACUCAAUGAUGGGUGUCUGUUGAGAGCGGAAUUGAAAGGGAACGAAGGAUAGAAAUGAUGUAUUCAUGACAUACCCAUGUUUCUUGCCCACAUUGUGUACUUUCCAUCUUUGAGGAAAUUUUGUCAACAUUAUAAAGUACAGUAUGCACUUAAUUUGACGUUAAAUCCCAAGUGUUUGAAAUGCACGAGUGUGGUUGUUGAAAAUUGCUUGGAUUGUAUUUUCUCCUAUGAUGUGUAUUGUAAUGUUUCUGUAGUGACUUGGCCUUUCUUGACAUUUUUUCUUACUGUUAACAGUUAGGACAUCUUAGGUGUGAGAGAAAUGAAGGUGUGUGUGAAUAUUUAUCAUUUAGACGUGUUAAUGCACAGCUGGUGUUUGUAUCCUGUGUCAUGUGCUUUGGAUUAGUAAUAAUUGUAUGGUCAGUAAUAAUUAUUAAGUCCGGUCUUUGCAGACACCCAGUAAGAAC